UUGUGUGAAUUCCCGAAAACCGAACAUGUAGUGGUAGUUCCUCUUGUGCUGCAAAUGUUGAUAGAUGGUGGUAAUCAUGGCGGUAACCACUUAAUAUCAAGGCAUUCCCCAGGCGCCAGCUCGUUUGCUCACUAUUAUUGUAAAACAAACGCAAGCGCUAAACUGGAACAUUAAUAAAUUCAAAUAUAUAUACAUACAUAAUACAUAAGCUGCUAAAAUAACCCUUCUUUUUUGGGCAAAAAGCUACUUCAAUGACAUGACAUGUUUCAAAGAAUGAAUUCUAUGAUCGAAUUACAAAUUAUCUCAUAUUUCUUUCGCAGUUGUUUAGAACUAGGUACCUAUAUUAAGUAGGUAGUACCUAUCCUAUAAAAAGGUUUUUAUGACCUUCAAACUGUUAUACCUACUUGUUUAACCUAAUUAAGGAAAGCAAAGGUCGUCGAGAAGGAAGUGAAAAUAUGAUGAUCGGUUGCUACUGUUGCUAGGGAUCGUAUAAUCAAUUUAUUAAUUCUCAAGGACAAAUACCUAUUUACUUAGGUCAAUGCAUGUAGCAUUCCAUUGUCCGUAUCGGGUUAAGUUUUACUUUUCAGUGAGAAUAAUUACUCUUAAUAGUUUACAAUGAAUGAUACAGAAAUAGAGAAUUUGAAAACUGAGUUGGAACACGAAAAAACAUGCAGAGAAUCUGCAGCCUGGCAAAACGGUGAACUGGAAAAACAAAUCGUGUGUAUCCAGGAGGAACUGCGCAAAUCAGACUAUCCCUGGGAUUCUGAUCUCGACCUGCAGAAGGAGAGUCUCAAACACAAGCAGUUGCUCGAAGCGAUCGACACUUUGAAGGAACAAUUGCCUAUUUUGAAGGAAAAAAUUAAGGGCGCUAAGAUUUGUGGAUUAGAUUGCAAAUUGAAACACGAUGAUCUCAACAUCAACUUAGACAUCCUCACUCCGGCUGAACUAUUGCGUACUGUAAAACGUUUUGAAAGACUUAAAACGGAUUUAAUAAGUACGUUGCGAAGUAAGGAGUGGCGUUUGGAUUCCGAGUCGAAGUUGUUCGUGCGAGUCAACGAUCAGAGGACGUAUCUGCAGAACGAGCUCAUGAUCUGCCAGAACAACAUCAUGCGGCUCCAGAGAAACGGAUCUUACUGGCAACACGUGCCGCGCAACAACGACGAGCGCGCGCUGGACGCCAAGCGCGGCCCCGUCAGGAAGAUCCUCGGCAACGAGCGGUUGCCGCCCAUCGUCACAUAACUAGCCAAGUACAUCGACACGCGGGACUUAGAGCAAUACCUUAGCGACAAAUUACAUUAGGGCGCAAGAGACGGAGUUGCCCGCGAAAUUUUAAUUUAAUUUGUAAACUAAUACGACAAAGUAGGCUCAUGGCAUUUUAAUUGCGCCAAUGGCAGUAUCAUCCUCUCAGGUUUAUAUAUAAAUCUUUAC